CAGCACUUCGCGGAACGUCGCGUACUGUAAAAGAGCCACGUCUGCGACGACGACGGACGCGGAUAGAGUUUGAGUUUUACUUUUGACCUGCGAGUGAUCAGACGGACCACCGUCGUGAGGAUGUUGCGAAAGUGCCUAACUAUUCUGCCGCUGUUGCUGCUCGGCGUCUUCGCCGAAGAAAAGGAUGUCCUGGAGCUCACGGACGAAACCUUCGACAGCGAGCUCGAACGCCACGAGAACACGCUCGUCAUGUUUUACGCACCAUGGUGUGGACAUUGUAAGCGCUUGAAGCCAGAAUACGCUAAGGCAGCCGAGUUACUUAUAGGCAAUGAGCCACCGAUCACACUUGCAAAGGUGGACUGUACAGAAGCUGGAAAAGAAACUUGCAACAAGUACUCCGUCAAUGGUUAUCCAACACUCAAGAUCUUCGAACGCAACGAGUUGAGGUCUGACUACAACGGUCCAAGAGAAGCACCUGGUAUUGUGAAGUACAUGAAGGCUCAAGUGGGACCGGCAUCUAAAGAGUUGACCACUCCAGAAACUCAUAAGGCGUUCUUGGAUGUUGAGGAGGUCGGCGUUGUAGGUUACUUCGAAAAAGACGAUUCUCCAUUAGCAGCAACGUUCCAUAUCAUUGCCAAGAAACUCAGAGAGAAGGUCAGAUUUGCUCAUGUGUCGUCCAAGAAAGUCCUGGACGAAGUGUCCCACAAGAACACAAUUGUUCUUUACCGACCCAAGGUACUCCACAACAAAUUCGAGGAUAAGAGCAUAGUGUACAAAGGAGGUGACUCUGUCACUGAAUUGAAUGAUUUUGUUACCAAGAAUUAUCAUGGUAUCGCUGGCGUACGAACUCGCGAUAAUGCUCAAGACUUCAAGAAUCCCUUGGUGGUAGCCUAUUAUAAUGUUGAUUAUGCGAAGAACGCCAAGGGAACAAAUUACUGGCGUAACAGAAUCAUCAAGGUCGCCAAGAACUUCCCCGAAUACUCUUUCGCCGUAGCUUCCAAGGAUGACUUCCAGCAUGAAUUGAACGACUUUGGCAUCGAUUAUGUGAAGGGCGACAAGCCUGUUAUUUUAGCGCGAGAUGUGAAGAAUCGAAAGUUUAUUCUCAAGGAGGAAUUCUCCGUAGAUGUCUUCGAGGCAUUCCUGAAGGAUCUGCAAGCCGGCGCUCUAGAGCCGUAUCUCAAGUCCGAGCCGGUUCCGGAUAGCAACACGGGUAACGUGAAAGUCGCGGUGGCCAAGAACUUCGACGAGGUGGUCACCAACAAUAAUAAGGACACGUUGAUCGAAUUCUACGCACCAUGGUGCGGCCAUUGCAAGAAGCUGGCGCCGGUAUUCGACGAGUUGGGCGAUAAGCUGGAGCACGAGGAUGUCGAGAUUGUCAAGUUCGACGCUACGGCAAAUGACGUGCCAGUUCCGUAUGAAGUGCGUGGUUUUCCAACCCUCUUCUGGGCGCCCAAGGACGCGAAGAACAGUCCGGUCAAGUAUGAGGGCGGUCGUGAACUCGACGAUUUCCUCAAGUACAUCGCCAAGCACGCCACUAACGAGCUCAAGGGCUACGAUCGCAAGGGCAAGGAAACCCAACCUAGAACCGAUGAGCUGUAAGAUGUGAAGAUGAUCGCCAAGUUCGUACAUUUUUUUCUAAUGUAACGGAGCGAUUAUCUAGAUUAUCCUCAUCCAACACGCAAGUACAGUCAAGGACGUGCAUAAACGGAAUAAUCCUGCGAGUGCAAAUGUAACGCGUUUUUGUGAGGCAUUUUUGCAAUAAGUGAAAGAUGAAUGUUCGAAUGGAGGGAGUGUCUCUAGCAUAUAGGAUUGUCUACAUGUAUUAACUGUACACUUUGUAACGAUUGUAUGAUGACGCGGCGAAACGCGUAGAACUGAUUUGGAACUUUUCCUGUAAUGCUUUCCAGACGUUUGAGGAAUUAUACAGAUAUACAUAGGAAGUAACACUCCAUUCCAAUUUUUCGUGUUUCGACUACCUUAAGUUAAGAGAUAAAAUACAGCGAUCUUUUUGUUUAUACGGAAGAGUCAAAAUAAAUUGUUUUAUACAAAG